AAAAAUAUUUGAACUUAACUUUGUGUCAAAGAGAAAAGAAGAAACAAUUAUGUUUUCAAAAUACACUAGUAAUUUAAUGAUAGGUGUUUUAGUUGCAUGUCUUCUAGUACAAUUUUCAAGAGCGGAAAAUUCUUGUACAACUCCAUAUAACAAAAAUGGAACUUGCAUCUCAAUACGCGAUUGCGCACCUCUUCUGUCACUUAUUUCAAAGACACCUCUCUCGGACGCUGAUAAACAAUUUGCGAAACAAUCUCAGUGUGAGAAUGGAAUUGGUAGCUUACCGCAUGUUUGUUGUCCAACUGAGGAACCCUCAGUUAACAAUGGAGAAGGAAAUAUCUUACCUUCUGUGCCACAAUGUGGAAAAGUUUCACCGGGUAACCGUAUCUUAAAUGGAAUUCACCCUUCAUUGGAUGAAUUUCCUUGGUUGGCACUUCUGGAGCACUCGGAUAUUCAAAAUGAUAAUAGGUCCGUUUUUUACUGUGUGGGAAGUCUUAUCAAUUCAAGAUACGUCUUAACUGCAGCACACUGCAUUACAGGAGCCAUUCUUCAAAGAGUUGGACCAUUAAAUCGUGUUCGACUUGGAGAAUAUGAUCUCUCCGUGGAAAUCGAUUGUGAGGGAGGAAUUUGUGCCGAUACUUUUGUUAAUAUGAAAAUUGAAGCGACAAUACCUCAUCCGCAGUACAAUGAGUCAAAUCGAAAUAGGGAAAAUGAUAUUGGACUUAUUCGUUUAGAUGAAGUUGUUACUUAUACAAAAUAUAUCAAACCAAUUUGUUUGCCAUCGGCAUUGGGUCAACCAUCAUCAUUGACAACGGGUACUAAUUUAAUAGUAUCUGGUUGGGGUGAUACUACUAUAAGUCGAGAAAGCUACAUUAAGCAAAAAGUAUUCAUACCCAUCAUAGAUUUUCAGGAGUGUUCUGAAAAAUAUGCAACAAGACGCAUACAACUUGCAUCUUCACAACUUUGUGCCGGUGACCAAUCGUUUAGAGGCAGUUGCGUAGGUGACUCUGGUGAACCGCUUAUGAGCGGAGGGGGUAAAAUUAAUUAUGCUAUUGAAGGUGUUAAUUCAUUUAAUAGAUGUGGAAUUGAUGAAUGGCCAGGAGUUUAUACAAAAGUAUCAGAUUUUGAAUCUUGGAUCAGAAGCACUAUUAGACCAUAAUAUGUGUUACUUUAAGCUGAUUGAUAAUAUAUUCAAAACGAAAACAAAAAAACUAAACGCCAAUUAAGCUCGAGAAUGAAAUGAAAAUAAAGAAAUUUUUGUCCAGUAAAUUAAAA